GAUUGGUCGUGGCUGUGUACGACGGAGGGGCUAGUGAAAUUAAGGAGACUGCAAGUGUCCCAACACUUACAAUGAAAUGGUGCAAGAGAACUAGAAGGACGCGACACACAAUGUCCCAGCCGCUUUGGAAGUAACAGCCUGUUGCAAUCUUCUUAAUCCUGACUAAAAUAUCAUCUUGCAAUUUAAAGUAAUUCCGGGGCUUACUCUGGACAUUUGUGCAGUUGAGAAUAGUUUUGAGCACCCGCAUCAUGGAGUACACCUCUUCCCCAAAACCACAGCUCUCUUCUAGGGCGAAUGCUUUCUCCAUAGCCGCACUCAUGUCAAGUGGGAAAUCGAAGGACAAGGAGUCGGAGGAAAAUACCAUCAAACCGCUGGAACAAUUCGUGGAAAAGUCGUCGUGCCACCCAAACCUCGGCGACCUGCCUUCGCUGGAAACCCACGGCGACUUCAGCAGCAGCGGCGGCGGCGGCGCUCCGUUAUGUACCGAGCCGCUCAUUCCUACGACCCCCGGCGUGCCCAGCGAGGAGAUGGCCAAGAUCUCCUGCAGCCUCGAGACUAAAGAACUGUGGGACAAAUUCCACGAACUCGGCACGGAAAUGAUUAUCACAAAAUCUGGAAGACGAAUGUUUCCGACAAUUCGCGUGUCAUUUUCCGGAGUGGAUCCGGAUGCCAAAUAUAUCGUACUAAUGGACAUCGUUCCGGUGGACAAUAAAAGAUAUCGAUACGCCUACCACAGAUCCUCAUGGCUUGUGGCGGGAAAGGCAGAUCCACCUUUACCUGCCAGGUUGUACGUGCAUCCAGAUUCGCCGUUUACAGGAGAACAGCUAUUGAAACAAAUGGUUUCCUUCGAAAAAGUGAAACUUACAAACAACGAACUGGACCAACACGGACAUAUCAUCCUGAACUCAAUGCACAAGUACCAACCCCGGGUUCAUAUCAUCAAGAAGAAAGAUCACACAGCGUCACUUCUUAACCUAAAGUCUGAGGAGUUUCGUACAUUCGUCUUCACUGAGACCGUUUUCACUGCAGUCACUGCUUACCAGAACCAGCUGAUAACCAAACUGAAGAUUGACAGCAACCCUUUUGCCAAAGGCUUCAGAGACUCCUCCAGACUCACAGAUAUUGAGAGUAGGGAAAGUGUUGAGAGCUUGAUCCACAAGCACUCUUACGCGCGGUCGCCCAUUCGGACUUACGCUGGUGAUGAGGAGACCUUGGGUGAAGAUGGGCACUCGGCACACAGUAGAAGUUCAGCGUUUACUGCAUCGGACAACCUCUCUCUCAGCUCCUGGGUCACGACCACAUCUGGUUUCUCGGGCUUUCAGCACCCUCAGUCUCUGUCUGCCAUCGGAACCAGCACAGCGUCCCUGGCCAGUCCUCUUCCUCACCCCAUCCAGGGCUCUCUACCCCCUUACAGUCGCCUGGGCAUGCCUCUCACCCCGUCCGCCCUGGCCGGCUCCAUGCAGGGCAGCGGGCCUACCUUCCCCUCCUUCCACAUGCCACGCUACCACCACUAUUUCCAGCAAGGGCCCUACGCCGCCAUCCAGGGACUGCGGCAUUCUUCCACAGUCAUGACCCCGUUCGUAUGAUUCCUGCCACUUCAGCCUGAUAAGAUUUCCCUAUCGCCGGCAUGCGACGACACACGCAAAACACACGCUUACACGAACGGAAGAACCACAUGUAAAUAACAUUGACUAAACAUUGACGAUCCGAGCGUGCUGCUUCUCGCAGUUGUGCUGGAGAAAAAGUGAAUGAAUGAGCCCAACGGACACGGAUUCUCAUAACUUCGAGGAUGAGUUUUUAGCGUGGAUAAGAGACUCGGAGAUCUUUCUGACAUGUUUAUGCUACCUGUAACGAUUCAUCUCACGCCUUUAUCGCCGCUCAGAGCCAAAUGAGGGAGAACGUAACUCGCUGAAUGUUACACUGGACAACUGCUGUUUCUCAUUGCCCGUGAUCCAUCACCUCUUAAUGAUAUGAUACGAUAUCUGCCAACCACUCAGCCCUCCUGUUCAAAUUGUCGACACUAGAGGGCGCUGUGCUUUCUGAAACAGCAAUACUGGAUGGAAACAUUAUAUGUGUGGACUCAAAAAUGUUGGACAGGUUGGUUUUAUCUUUCUGGUCAGAUAAGUAUCUUCUUUAAAAACUGUUUAAGGCAUUUAAUUGUAUUUCAUAUUUGAGUUGUUCUCAGCAAGAAAGAUUAUAAACGAACAUUUCUGUUAAGAUGAGGGUGAACUGCAACUGAUAUGAAUCAGCGGACACUAUGAGGCCAUUUUGAGUCGCAACCAAGAAAUCCAGAGGAAAAUGCACAUAUUUCUGGUUUGGAACUGGCUAAUAGAAGAGCGAACACUCAGAAAACUGAUCUAUAGCCACUCAAGGCUGCUUGCCGACAGCCAGCUUGCAGGAAGUCUACACCUGUAAAUAAUGGGCUAAUUUUUAAAUAAUAGGCUCGUCUUCUCCAGGGGAAUGAGGGACAGUGGGUAAUUUGUGGCUGAAGUGGUCCUAUUUGUACAGUCACAUCGACGACAAUUCAUCAGCAUCCUGUAACCAAAUCACAGAGAAACAGCGCUAGCCGUAAUAGCCAGAUGAAGAGGAACUGGUGUGUGCGUGUGUGAGGAAGUUAAUGAUGAUGGCACUGUCUUUUAUUUAUCCUUCAAAUUUGACCAAAUCAGGACAGAUGAGCAUAAAUACACAACCAUCCAAAAAGAGCCACACAAUGCAAAUAAUGAAUCAAAUUUAUGUGCAUUUUAAGGUUCAGGGUGUUUUAUUCAGAUACAAUGUUAUGUCAAAGCUGAUAAAAACAUGUGCCCACCAUUUUCAAGCCUUUGAUUUGUUAUGAACAGACUGUACAAACAGUUAUGUAGUUGCAAUAUAUUAGCAAAUGUUUUCCUUUUUUGUUUGUUUGUGUGUAUUUUUAAGUCAGAUGUAUCCUACUCAUAAGGAGCCAUCUGACAAUUUUUGUUUUGAUGCCUUUUUUUAAGUGCAAUAUAUUUAUUUCAGCUAUGAAAAAGAUAUGGCUAAUGUAAUAUUUGAAGCAAUGAUAGAUGUUAUUUGUAAACAAAAAGAAAUAUACUAUAUCACCCCAAAAAUAA